AUGGUGACAUCGCCGAAGCCGCUUCUUGGGGGCUUGCACAAGAUCACCGACCGUAGCGUAUUCUUUAUUCCACUUGAGAAGGAUCAUCUCGACUUGACAACCCUUAGCACCGCUCCCCCGUCGCACCGCGGCGUACUCCAGCGCAACGGUUUGGUGGCCAAAGCGUUCGUUGGCGUGACGUUUUACGACGCGUGCACCUCCGCCGCGCACUCGUCGUCGCGUACAUCGCCAGCACGCGAAAUGUGCGAGUCCGACGCAACCGAUUCAGCGGAGCACCGCAAACUCUCCGCUGCCCAGCGAGAGGAUCUGUGGCGUGCUGCAUUAGUGUACGGCGGCCUGCUGCACGACAAGUGGGAUGCGUUGGCGACUCCAGAGGAGCUCACGGCGACGCCGUGGCCAGUGCACACCGAAAUGCAGUACGCCGAACUGAUGGAGGAGCUACUUGCGCGGAAGGCCUGUACGACGGCAAACACGUCGAGCUUCUGCGUGCCUGUCUUGUCCAUUGACGAGUUCGUUUACAAGCACAAGGGGGUGCGCGUGUGCCUUGGCGUGGCUUGGAUGCCGCGCUACGCGUACAACCUGCGAGAAUGGGCGGCAACAGUUGAGCAGUCUGGUCACCGCGUGCCAGAGGCGUCGCUCCUGGCGCUUCUGCAUCACGUGACCACCGGCGCACUCGCGCUGCGCACGGCCACCGGCACAGCAGACAAAAAAGAUGCGGCGCUCUCGUUGUCCGUCACUCUGGAGAAGGUGCUUGUGUACCGAGCUUCGGAGGCGGAGAAAAAGAUCGCGAAGGAGGCCGACUCAGACGAAGCAGGGGAAGGGCUAGUAUUCGCGUUAUCCACUGGCUCGUUCAGGUGGCGGCGUGCAGAGCCGUGUGCUGACAAAAACAGUCGGACGAACGUGCCGACACGCUCCCGCAUCAGAGCUCUGACGAAUCACCUGAUCGUCCCCGAGGAGGGGCAGCUGCUGUACCGCACGCCUGAGGAGUGCUCGCCAGGACUAUACCCGACGCACGGCAGCGCGGCCGCAAAGCGAGAUGUCUGGACUCUUGGCGUCGCCCUCUACCUCGUCGCCUCUGGUGUUGCCGGCACAGGCCAUGCCGCCACCACCUCUCCGUCGAACCGUGGCCCCCGGUUUGCUCCCUUGCGCGAGUUGACGCCUCUCAACUCAGCGGCGCUCACUCCAGACUCUCUCUGGAAGCGCCUGCGAGGGGAGCUGGAGCGCCGCGGCUACAGCAGCACAAUCGUGACCGUGAUCGCACAGCUCCUCUCGCUUGACCCGCUGACGCGACCGUCGCUGAGCACAAUGGACCGCAUGCUGCAGGACCUGCAUCGGCCAACCCCUGUGUGCCGUUUCCCGUUCGCUCUGGGCUCGUACGACCUGCUGCGGAUGCCGAACCCUACCGACAUUAAGCUGAACCCCGGCGCACGACGGUACACCAUGGAGGGAGUGUGCGUCUUGUGCAAAAAGCACCGCGGCAGUACGCCCCUGUGCGCCAAGGGCGGCGAUCACGUUCCGGGACUAUCAUCGCCGUCGUGGUCUGACGAGGAGCUGCUGCCGCAGCUGCACGGCAUGGACUUGCACUAUAUAACGUUUCUCUACCCCCUUUGCGGGUCCAGCGAUGAGCGUCGGCGGCGCAAGCAAGCGGCACACGCUUUACGAAGCUGCCACGACGGCAUCAACGCCAGCAGCAGCGUCGCCCGAGCCGCCACACCGCUGCUGGACAGCACACUGCUGUUCCAGGUGUUCGGCGGCUUCGCUGUGUAUGAGCGGGUGCCGGAGCUGAACGCGAAGGGUCAGGUCUUCCACCGCGUCACGGUGAAGGAGGUGCUGGUGCCGUACCCGAGCCAGGGGCUGCGUCGCUCGGAGUUGCCUCUGGUGAAGCUGACGAUCGAUUUCAGCGGCGGCCUCCCGUGGCCUUCCUGCUGCACAGAAAUUCUCCAGAAGAACGGUCGCGUCUCCCGCAACGUGCCGUUCGGCUUCACGGGGGCUCACCACGGCGUGAAGUGGUUUGGCUGGGUGCUACCUGGCGAGCGCUUCAGCCUGCCGAACGGAGGUCAUUGGACGGCGCCGCGCGAUGGCGCCUUCGUGUUCUGGUUCCACUCGGACCUUCGACCAACGGAUCGAGACCGCUACUUUGCCUUGACAAGUGUGCGCGCAGCGACGCUGCCGGCAAAGCUGCCGCGCACUGUAAUGCCCCAUUCGCUCUUUCGGAUACACGCCGGGGACCAGAGACACACCAGCAAUCGUCUGCCAAGGCGCGUAGGGAGCGGCAACCGAGCGGAUUCUCGCCUGGGACGGGGCAGCAUAGCCCACCGCCGCUCGUGCCAAACCGUGACAGACAUCGCCUUGCCCUCAGCGACGCACGAGAUUGUGGAGGCAGACGAGGUGAGGACUCUUCUGGGGCACAGGCCGCUCUCUCUCUCCGCGCCGCAACUGCAGAAUACGCAGGAGGAGUCGCCGGCCCACGGGCGACGCCGGUGGAGCAGCGCCAAGGACAGGGUGCCGUCUCGCCACUCCGCCGCCUUCCCCGCAGACGUUGUCGACGCCCUCGAAACAUCCGACGAGGCGCGAGAGAGCCGUGGUGCCGCGCGUGCACGGUCGACGCUUCGCUCUGCGGGAGAGACAGGGCGCAGUGGAGUAGUCCUCACACCUCAGCUGCAUGCACCGGAUCUUCUUCUCAAUACGCCGAAGCCAGACACGCACGCCGGUGCUGACCACGAGAGCCCGAAAUCACCGGACUGGGAGAGGACCAGCGACCAAGCGCGCCUGUCAGAGCGCAACUCUACCCAGCCACCCAUGGAUGGCAACACCACCGCGAAGCGCACACAAGCCCUGGCCGCUCCUGAGAAGAGCAGCUCUCCCGCCGCGUCGCAGUCCCUCAGCUCCGGGCGGAAGAAGGCCCCCAAGUUACGUGGCACGACGGUCUCGUCAGAGGAGUUUCGUGCUGGUGCAGCUCUGCAGUUUGUGGCGUCCGCGCCGGCAAGUGUCGGUGCCGAGCAUCCAAUUGUAAGCACGAUGGUGUCAGCGCAGUCGGUGCUGACCGAGCAGAGUAGCGUCCUUGGAGGCUCACCACGGCUCGUGAACCUGCGCCAUGUCUCUCAGCAUGGGGCGAAGAAGCAGAGCGUUCAGGCAACCUCGCUGUCGGCCACGCCAAUGUUGCCACCGAUUGUGGACGCCCUGUCUGCUGGACUCGGCGAACUGCAUGUGUGCGGGCUGUGGCUGCCAAGCGAAGCCGUGGACGCGGCGUUUGGUUCUCUCACCUUCUGCAUCCUCUCCACCGGUGAACAUGGCUACAUGCACCCACCAGUGAAGACGUCGGCGCGGGUGGCGCAUGCCAUCCGGGCCCCGCCGGGUACCGAAUUCUUGGCCUUCCUGUCAAACCAGGUGCCGCUGUUUCAUCGCAAUCACCCGCGACUGGAGAGGGCGGGUGUGUCGCUGAUGCUACCGCACCACGGGUUCACGUGCUACGCUGCGGACGGUACCCUUUUGGGUGUGCUGGGGCUGCGGUGUAGCACCAAGGGUGACCCAGACGUGAUGGCUGGCGAGUUUGAGCUCGUAAUGCGCACCAGCGCGGCAUUUCGCGGCAGCAGCGCUGCUUCGUGGACUGUAUAUGCGUCUCACCUCUCGGAGAGCGUAGGGGUUGAAGCGCACGUGAGACGGGCCGCCGCCAGUGCCGUCAAUGCAAGAAGGGACUGCGAGGACGAGGACGGGCGGGCAAGCACUCUGCGCCUCGUGCCCUCCUUGCUGCGCCGUGCGUCUGGCAGUCGAAAUCUGUUCGCCAACAGCCCAGAGCAGCAGACACUCACCUUCACGAGUGCCCGUCAUCUCGUGGGCGAGUUCACACCAGACGAAAGCGGCGAUGUUUUGCGGUCUCGCAAGGGAGAGGGGGAGGCGGUGCUACCAGCCUGCUGGAUCAGCUUUGACGGCGUGUCCACCGCGCUCCUGUUUGCGGACGCGCCGCAGUCUGUCUGGGUGCCGUACAGGAUCGGCGGUUAG